AAAUGGCGCACUCCACGCAGCGUGUAUUAUUUUACGAUUGUGAGAGUGUUUUUUGUGUACAUUUAUUAAAAUGCCUAUGUGCUGUGUAAAGAACUGUAAAAGCACUUCUAGAACUCUGGGCAUUAGUUUUCAUAGAUUUCCAAAGGAGAAAGAAAUAGAAUGGAAAAGAGUUAUUGGGCGGCCUCAUUUAACAGAUUCCCAAAAUGAUCGUAUUUGUUCACUUCAUUUUGAGGACAACGAUUAUUUGCUGAAUUAUAAAAACAGGAAAUGUUUAAAACCUGAUGCAAUUCCUUCUCUAUUUCCCCAAGUUUAUUUAAAGACAGAACUGGAAUUUACUGCAGAACCAAUUCUUGAUGGAUCAAGAGUUAAAGAAGAAAAUUUGGUAGAGGAUCCUUUAGAAUUAAAAGUGGAAUCAUUGCACUCCAUUAAAGAAGAAAAUUUAGAAGAGUCUCCUUUAGAAUUAAAAGUGGAAUCACUGUCGUCUUCAUCUUCAACAUCAACUGGAAGCAGUGAUGUACAAACCAGGGCGAAUGAAACAUUUAUUAAGCUUCAUAUUAAGUCAUUAAAGCUAGAUCAUUCUUACAGUCGAAGUUCUAGCAUGCAGGAGCAAACUGUUAUUGUGAAGAAACAGACACUGCUUAGACUAAAAAACAAGUUGAAUGCAUCCAGACAAAAAGUGAAGAGAUUGCAAAAACAAGUUUUCCGUUUAAAAAAUCUUGUUUUUAAUUUGAAGAAAGCGGCAAGAUUUAAUACCAACGUAAAUAAAUCGCAAUUGAGAAUGCAAAAAUAAAAAAAUUGUCUACUUGUUGCCGUUAACAAUAAAUAAAACUGCUGUGAGUCAUA